GGCAGGCCCGUGGUUGCAGGCUAGCUUGAGGGCCAUGCCUGUCUCGCUGCGCUCCCCUCUGUUCUUGGAUGUGGUCGUGGGCGUGGUGGGCACCCUGUCUUUCCUGCUGGACUUGGCCGCCGACCUGUGGGCCGUCGUCCAGUACGUGCUCGGUGGCCGUUACCUGUGGGCCGCGCUGGUAGUGGUGCUGCUGUGCCUCGCCUCUGUGCUGCUGCAGCUCUUCAGCUGGGUCUGGCUGACCACCGACCCCACCGAGCUGCACAAGUCGCUGCCCUCGCGUCGUUUCCUGACGCUGCUGCAUGUGCUGCAGCUCGGCUAUCUGUACAGGUGCCUGCACGGGCUACAACAGGGGCUGUCCUUGUUGCAGCAGGAGCUGCCAACCGAGAGUGACAUAGCCUAUACAGACUUCCUGUCCCUGGAUAUCAGCAUGCUGCGGCUCUUUGAGAGUUUCUUGGAGGCGACACCACAGCUCACAUUGGUGCUGGCUAUCGUGCUGAAGAGUGGCCAAGCUGAAUACUACCAGUGGUUUGGCAUCGGCUCAGCCUUCCUGGGCAUCUCGUGGGCACUCGUGGACUACCACCGAUCCCUGCGUACUUGCCUUCCCUCUAAGUCUCGCCUGGGCUGGAGCUCCUCUGCCUUCUACUUCCUGUGGAACCUGCUGCUGCUGUGUCCCCGAAUCUUCGCUGUCGCCCUGUUUUCAGCUCUCUUCCCCCAAUAUCUGGCCCUGCAUUUCUUCAGUUUGUGGCUGGUGCUGUUGUUCUGGGUCUGGCUUCAAGGCACACAAUUUAUGCCAAACCCCAACUUUGAGUGGCUGUACCGGGUGACAGUGGCAAUCAUCCUUUAUUUCUCCUGGUUCAACGUGGCUGGGGGCCGCACCCGAGGCCGGUCCGUCAUCCACUUGUUCUUCAUCCUCAGUGACAGUAUUCUGCUGGUCAGCACCUGGGUGACACACAGCACCCUGCUGCCCAGCGGGACCUUCUUGCCAAUGUGGUUGAUUAUAGGAGGAGCCUGCUUCCUCCUGGGACUGGCUUUGCGUCUGAUCUACUACCUCUGGCUGCACCCUAGCUGCAACUGGGAGCCUGACCGCGUGGAUGGGGCCCUAAGUCUCCUUCCUAGGAAGCAGCCUAAGCUGCUUUAUAACAGACGGGCCACUCAGUUAGCACAGAACUUUUUCACCAAGAUCAAAGAGGAGAUUUCUCUGGCAGAGGCUGGAGACGUGGAAGGAGCCCUUUGAGGUAGGGUCUGACUCAGCCAGUGAGGAAGAUGUGGAGAGCUGGGCCUUGGAAGGGCCAAAGGCCAAUCAUAUACAAGCUGUUUUCUCUUCCUUACCAACCAUGAGCUGCUGUCACCAAAGCCUCACGUUGCCAUUCUUACCUCUCAGGUGACUGGUGGAGGUAUCCUGUCUCCUGGGUUCCAUGGCCUGCUCUAGGAGGUCCUGGGGUUCUGGGGGUGUUCUCAAGAAGUCUUCCCUACCCCCACCCCAUCCACUCACGUCAAUCAACAAAUGUUGAGAGCACUUUAUUUUCCGGGAGCAUCAUUCUGACUGUUGAACUGGCUGCCGCCCUACCUUCUUUCCCUACCCACUUGAACAAACGUGAUUUCAAAGACCAGAGGCCAGUGACGACCCUGCCAGCCCCUCCAGUGUUGUGAUGCAGUGUUGUCUGGCUCUUGGGCCACCUUUAAAGCAAGUGCCUCAUGGACCUGUGGUCUAGGCCAUGCACAACCCGCUGAGUAUUUUACCUCCUACCUCAGUCUGUGAAAGGAAGAGAACAUGUGCUCAUGUGUUUAACAGUAUUAUUAAAACCGUGUAAUAUUUCCCAAACCAGUAUGUACCAUUAAAUACAGUCUGUCAGCCUUUCUAUUACGGACAGGUGGCAGGGGUCUGGAACCCCUUAAAACUGGUAGUACAAACUCCUGGAAUAGAGAUAUGGGCUGACUUAGUUAAGACUUUGUAAUGAAUAUCUAAAUUGUUCCAGUAUAAUAAAAACUCGGGAAGCAGAAAUUGAGAUAAAGACCUGAUAAACCCAAGGACAGUGGAGAGUCAACUGGCUGACCCUCUCUCCACGUUUUCCCCAAAUUGCCUCCCUGGAAAUCCUCUCUUCCUGUCCUCUCUAACAGAUCUCUUCAGUCCUUCAAGAACUCUAUGGCAGAUCCCAGUAGCCAAUCGCUGACUCCAUCCUUUGAUUUGAGGUGGCCUUAUUGGCACAGUGGAAGGGUUAUACCAACAAUUCUCCUGCAACAUAUCCCGUUUCAGUUAGUAGAGCAUGGGACUCUUAAUCCUGGGGCUGUGGGUUCGAGCCCCAUGCUGGAUGGCAAGUUGUAACUAGCCUUUCUCUGUCCCACCAGUUAGCUCCCAAGUAAUGACAGAGACUUAUUACGAAAGCUGGGCUUUAGCUCGGGUUGUCCCAUCAGCUCUUAUAACUUAACCUUGUGGACUUCUACCUUUCAUUCUGUGUGCCUGACUCUCUCCAUGCCUUGUUGGCACGUCAGGUACCUAGAUGCAUCUCCUGUUUCCUCUCUCUGCCUGGAAGUCCUGCCUAGACCUCCUAUCUAGAUAUUGGCCAUUCAGCUCUUUAUUAAACCAAUCAAGCAAUGUAUCUUCAGUGUACAAAUACCCCACAAUGUGACUGCAGUUUGCUUCCUAAGAUGCAGUAGCUGGUGAGCCCGAGUGGGCCGCUCAUCUGGCAGGCAGCAGAACUCACAUUUGGGCAGACGGUGCAUUCUCCUAGGAGCUCUGCUACUGGGCCUGAACAGUAGCAUCUUUAGGACUAGGAGGUGAGUUUGAGGGGCUGGGUGGAAGGUGAAGUGACACAUCUUAGGAUGUGGAUGACGGUUCUGGAGAGAUGGAGCGUUCUGUUCUGGUUCCAGGGCUGGGACCCAAGAUAGUUCUAGUGUGAUCGAAACUCACUCUGGGUAGUUCACAACGGCCUGUAACUCUGGCUCCAAGAGAUCCAACAUCCUCCUUUGGCCUUUGCACAUGCAUAUACAGGCAUACACUCAAAAAAAUCUUUAAAAAUUGAAAAAAGGAAGUGCAAGUUAUUACAUUGGCCUUGUUUUUAGUCAGUCUAUCCUACCGAGAUGACCUUGAACACAUUCUUCUGCUUCAGCUUCCCAACUGCUAGGAUUACAGGUGUACACUACCACACACAAAGCUCUUUAUUCUGAAAGAAUUUAAAAUUAUAUCAGCGGCAUUACAUGUAAUUAGGAAAUGUCCUUAAGCCAGGUGGUGACGCAUGUCUUUAAGCCUAGCACUCGGGAGGCAGAGGCAGGAGGAUCUCUGUGAGU